AUUUUAUAAUGGGUGCGACUUUUAUGACAUUUUGUUUUGUGCUUGCUGCUUCCACGCGAAUUAAUAGCCAGUCGAUUUACGGGCCUUCCCGACUGGUGUAUGGACCACGUUUUAUCAGUGACCCUUACGAAACCCGGCCGGAUCUAACCCCGCCCAAUCUGCAUUAUACCUUUGUAAACGCUGUCAAUAGAAAGAACGGAAGUGCAUACCGAAGCAACGCCAGAGGCUACGGUGUCGGAUUGAAGAAUGCCCAUGCAGGAAUCAAUUAUCUGGACUCUCCACGCUACUUCAGAGCGCCACCAUACCGCCCAUAUUUGCCGGAGCCUUCGUACACUUCGCCACCGUAUGAGGUGUCCGCAAUCAUAGGUCCGAAAUGUUACCCUGACUAUCCGAAGAAAAGCGCCCACAUUGCCGGCUUUUGUCUUGCCCAAAGCGCCAUUGACGUAUGCCGAAAAACCAAUAUGACAACGUCGGUUUCCAGAGACUGCAACGGUUUCCAGUAUGGCGACGCUGUAUGCUGCUACGCCAACACAACCACAACCUGCAACAGGAAUAAUUCGCUGUUAUCCACCUUUCAAAAUUCCCAUACAGCUUGCGUACAGGAAAUGCAGUGUGGAAUACCAAAUAACGAUCCGCAUUUAUUUAUCCCGAUCGAAAAACCCCGUUCAUCUCCCUAUCCAAAACAGAAGCUUCCGGAUCUGCAACAGUUUGUAAAAGCGUUCCUAAAGCAGCAGCAACUAGUGCAUCGGGUGCCGUUCUCUACCGAAACAGCCAGUUUAACGACAAACAAUAGGAUUGUGGGUGGAUUUGAUGCUCCAAACGGAAGUGCAUCGAUAUGCUGGCAGGCUGCAGUCAAGAUCCAGAGCGCUGAUGGCUUAUUUUUUUGCGGCGGCGUCAUUAUCGGCACGCGAACCAUCCUCACCGCUGGCCAUUGUCUAACCCUUCCGCUUGGACUAAUGACCUCUACUGGUUACAACGCAUCGGCGGUGACCUUUACUGUGACCAUUGGCGUCACAUCACGCGCGUCUCGUUUCAACAACAUCUCUCUUUACCCGUCGGUCGUCGAAGGGUGCGCCCGCGACUACGCUGUCCGUGACUCAAUUCCUCACCCGGGUGUUGACCUUUACGCCUUCAAUAAUGAUAUUGCCAUGCUGAUUCUAUCCGAACCCAUCGAUUUCCGACUGCAUAGUGCGUGCGCGUGCAAACUGUGCUUGAACACAAAAAUGCCGGAACCAGGAGACCGGUGCGUAGCGUCUGGAUUUGGAAUCGAGACAAUCAUCGGCGCAGACUGGAAUGAUACAUUGCCAUAUCCCGAUCCGCCGCGACCAAAUGUUCCUCUCAAAUACGUGCCACAGACUGUCUGCACGUGGGAUGAAAAUCCCACUGGAACGACAGACCUCAAUCUUGUUCUUUGUGGCGGCGGUGUUCCUGGCGAAGGUACAUGUUUUGGUGAUAGUGGUGGGCCGCUGUUCUGCUAUGACCACCGCACGCGGACGCAAUACCUAGCGGGACUGGUUUCAGCUGGACUGGGAUGCGGCAUCGGUUACGGAUCACUCUUUACAAAAGUCGCACCAUUUCUGUCAUGGAUUGCAGAAACAGCACCGCUGGGUGAUGUUUCUGUUAUGAUUUAACAAGGCCAGUUCAUCGCAAUGGCUACUUCAGAUCAGUUUUGCUUCCCACUUAGA